UGGAAUAUCGGCAUGACUAAGCACCACAAGAAAAGCUCUGGGAUAUUCCGUGAUAUUCUAGAGUAUUACGGUACACAGGAGACGUUAUCUUGGUGACGUGAGGGUAAAAGUAUUUGGUGCAGGGGGUUAAAAGGUUGUUGCUUCUAAGUGUUUGAUCUCACAUUGUCCAGUUGGCGCUUCAGGUAUGUUGAGUCACCCGCGGGCGUUUUGAUCCUGGGAACAAGGAUAGUAACAAUUUAUUCAACAUGGCGGAGUCAACGUCAACGUCAACAUCAGGUGUCGCUGCAAAACUACUCAAAAUUGUGGUUUUUGGAGCUACUGGUAGAACGGGAAAGGAAGUUGUGAAGCAAGCACUAGAAAAAGGACACCAUGUGACUGCUGUGGUGAGAACACCUGAGAAAGUCGAUAUACAGCAUGAAAACUUGACAGUAGUGCAAGGUGACGCCUGUGACGUGGAAAGUUUUGCUAGUGCACUUGAAGGGAAAGAUGCAGUGUUGUCGUCUCUGGGAGUCUAUGCAAAUGUUUUUAACCCUACAACAUUCUAUACUACAACCUUCAAUGAAAUAGCACAGGGAAUGAGAAAAAACAAAGUCACCAGACUAGUGACUGUCACAUCAUGGUGUACUCGGCCAGGACCAAAUAAUUCUUGGUUUGUGGAAUGGAUUUUAAAACCAUUCUUUCUUAAUGGAGUUAUCAAGAAUAUGGCAGAAAUGGAGGAAAUGUUGGAGAGUUCUGAUCCUGAUCUUUUAAACUACACAAUUGUCAGGCCAUGUGGGCUAACCCUGGGUGAAAAGACUGGAAAUUACAAGGUUGAAGAAGGGCAGUGUAACACUGGAACAACGAGCAGGAUCACUUGUGCAGAUGUUGCUGAUUUUAUGCUAAAAACUUUAGAAAGUAAUGAGUAUGAUCGGAAGGGAUUUGCAAUUGCUGGACUCUGAAUUAUAAUUUUAAUUUCCUGAAUGUCUUAGAUGGCAGGAGUGAGCACAGAGAAAUUACUCCUUACAAUAUAAAUACAUUUUAGGGCAGAGAUGUUUUAGGGAGAAAGGAAAAAAUGCCUUAGCUAAGUCAUAUUGUUUGUUUUGACACCAAAUUAUUAGAGUUAAAAUCAUAUCAAAUCGAUGGGAGACAGUGCAAACAGUUAAUAGUGAGAUCUUGGGAAUGAAAGAUUUCAUUAAUUGUAUGGAUGGAAAUUUGCUUUUACAUUAUUGAUCUGAAGUUUCUGCAAUGUAGCUUAAGAAAUUUGUUGCGAUGAUGCAAUGAGCAGGAAAAGAAAAAAAUUGAUGUUAACUGACAGACACACUAAGAUUGAAUAUUAAGUAACAUAUCCUACACAGUGGUGUGUUGAAGCAACAGAAGUUAAUAAGAGUGGUUUCUUGAUUGACACUAAGAAACUGAUUUAAGUGAAUGCUUGAUCAAAGGUUACAUUUAUUAAAUAAGUAUGUAAACAGGUAAUGUAAAUCCUUUUUAUGGUUUCCUAGUACAACAUAAUACAUGUUGAUAAAAUUUUUAAUGAGAAUUAUUAAGGUGUUCUCUGGUUAUCA